GAAAAGAAAUGGCAAUUCCUAAAACUAUUUGUCUCAUUAUUGGUGUUGUGUCAACUUUGUUUUCAAUAGCUUUGGCUAUACCAGGGACUGCCUCAUUUUAUUACAACUUAUCACAUGCUACUACGACAUGUUAUGGAAACACAACCCAAGGCACCCUCUUAGCAGCGAGUGAUCGUCUCGGGCUUGAUUUUAAUUGUGGAACAUUAUUAAAGGUCACAUGCACUGGUCCAGUGCCACAACCUUGCACUGGCAAGAGUGUUGUAGUAAAAAUGGUAAGUGAUUGCCCUGGAUGUGGUGUAACCAUGGAUCUCUCUAAAGAAGCCUUUUCAAUCAUUGCUACUCCAGUCACUGUCGAAAAUAUUAUUAAGAUUGACUACGUCAAGGUGGGAUAAGAAGGCAUCAAAUAUGGCGCAUGGAACUUCGAUCUAUAUUAUAUAUAGCAUGUAGAAGUAUACUCCAUAGUGAAGUUGAAUUGA